UAAUGUGGGAGUAACUGUGUGGGGGGAGGAGGGGUUAGGGGGGAUUGGGUGAACUUCCAUUAGCAUAGGGCAGAGGGGGAAGGCUCUUUGGAGAUGGUGGUGGUUAACUGAGCUGAGACCUGAAGGCGGAUGAGAAUGGAGAGCCAGCAUAGAAGGGCUACAGAUCUAGCCAGAGGGACGCAGGUAAACGUUGGGUCUGGAAAGGGCUGGAGCAGAGAGACCAUCUGUGUGGUUGGAGCUUAAAGAGCAGUUACUUCUGGAAAGCACAGGAUUAAAGCCAUUAGUCCUUAACUAAGGGUGAUUUUGCCCCCCCCAGGGGACAUUUGGCAAUGUCUAAAGCCAUUAGAGGUUGUCACGAUUUGGGAGGUGGAGGGGUACUACUGCUGAGGUUGAGAAACCCUGCACUGAAGGAGUAUUACAGCCCCAAAUUUGGUUUUAGUCAUUAUGUUAUAAACUCAUGGUUUCACCAACUUGAAUUUGCAGAAAUAAAGUAAAAACUGGUUUAAAGUGGCCACUUCUUCAUCCACUCUCUUAGGAAAUCCCAUGGCAGAGGUUCAAGGGACUUCACGAACCUUUGGAAAGCUUCACAGGAUUAGACUUAUUAAAAUAAUCCUGACACGUUACUAUAAUGGCCACAGCUCAGCUCUCUCACUCUAUCAGAAGUCACAAGGCACCUAAGGAAACAAUUUUCCCAUCCCAAAUUACUAAUGAGCAUGAGUCAUUGAUAAUGGUGAAGAAACUUUUUGCUACUUCUAUCUCAUGUAUAACAUAUUUAAGGGGACUGUUUCCAGAGAGCUCUUAUGGAGAACGCCAUUUGGAUGACCUCAGUUUAAAAAUCCUCCGAGAAGAUAAAAAAUGUCCUGGGUCACUGCAUAUUAUCAAAUGGAUUCAAGGUUGUUUUGAUGCUUUGGAAAAGAGAUACCUACACAUGGCAAUACUUACACUUUACACAAAUCCCAAGGAACCUGAGAAAGUGACUGAGAUAUACCAGUUCAAAUUCAAAUACACAAAAAAAGGAGCCACUAUGGAUUUUGACAGCAGUAAUAUAAGCUUCAAAAGUGCAACAAACAGUGAAGAUAUUAAGAAAGCGAGUGUUUUGCUGAUCCGUAAAUUGUAUAUACUGAUGCAGAACCUUGGACCCCUUCCUAAUGAUGUUAUACUUACUAUGAAACUCCACUACUAUAAUGCAGUGACCCCACGUGAUUACCAGCCCCCUGGUUUUAAGGAAGGGAUAAACUCACACUUCCUGCUGUUCGAGGGGGAGCCCGUAAACCUGCAAGUGGGAAUCGUCUCAACUGGCUUUCAUAGUAUGAAAGUAAAAGUCACAACUGAGGUCACCAGAGUGUCUGAUUUGGAGAACAAUCUCUUUCAGGAAAACAGCACUACUGAGAUUGCCCAUCAGGGUCUAGACUGCGAUGAGGAAGAAGAGGAAUGCAACAGUCAGAUUCAAAGAAUGAAUUUAGUACACAGUCAGCAAAGUUCUGAGAGCUCCAAGAAGAAGAGGAAGGUCGGCAAACCAGUAAAAGUCUUCACCCCUGACAGAAAAUGAAAAUUAAAUGCCUUUGCUCCAGUUAUUCUAAAAUACUUCUAUUUUGCAGCAAACAUUCAUGAAGUGUCUUAGAAGGAAAGUUAAGUUCCUAUCACCAAAACCUUUUACAAAAUUUGUUGCUCAACGUUUUGAGUCAAUUUACUAAGUGCUAAAUGACUGGGUAGUAGAUGGGUUCACUUUGCCACAAGGAAAUAGGGUCACGAGGGCUGCCUUGAGAUAGCAUUACUUCAAGGCUAAGUUAGCGAUGAGACACCUUUCAUAUUUAUAAAAGAACCAAGCAGCUAUUUUGAAAAGAAGUAAGCUGUUGUUCUCAAAGGACAGAGGGUUUUCUUUGCAUAAUUAAACUCCCCAGGUAUUUAGACUACUGUGAAAUGUUUUAACUUGUUGUAACCUGUGUAUUGGAAUCACUCUCUAGCUUUAUUAGAAUUCCCACAGAAUGACAUAGGAUGUGUGUGGUGGUGCUUAUCCAGGUAUGUUUUGUGUUAACUUCAAUCACGAGCUUGAUCAGCUAAGUGUUGGACCAAACUGGAUUCUCCCUGUAAAGUUCCUCAUAUCUGGCCCUAGCCCUGUUCUUUUGGACAACCCAAGACUUGGAAAUAGGUUGCAAUGCAGAAGCCUGGCUCCCUUCUUAGAGCCCAUGUUGAAUGCAUCCCAACAGGCACUUCAGUUUACACCUCAAGUCUGUAACCUGCAGAUGAUGUUACUAGUUCCUUCCUUAUUCUGGAAGAAUUUUGAUAGACUUAAUGAUUGGUAUCGAAUGCAUUAUAAAUGACUUUAAGUGUUAUUUUUAUUAAUUAUAUAACAUGAAAUUUAAUAAUUUAAAUGGAUAGGACCAAUAAAUUAAACGUUAAGCUUUCUGGUUAAA